UGGUGGGAAGGGGCCGAGAUGGCGGCCGCCGGCGCUGGGGCGACCCGGCUGCUCCUGCUCUUGCUGAUGGCGGCCGCAGCGCCCAGCCGGGCCCGGGGUAGUGGUUGCCGGCCUGGGGCCGCUGCGCGGGGGGCCGGGGCGGAAGGGCGAGAGGGCGAGGGCUGCGGCCCGGUGGGGCUGCUGCUGGAGCAUUCAUUUGAGAUUGAUGACAACGCCAACUUCCGGAAGCGGGGCUCACUGCUCUGGAACCAGCAGGACGGCACCUUGUCCCUGUCGCAGCGGCAGCUCAACGAGGAGGAGCGGGGCCGACUCCGGGAUGUGGCAGCCCUGAACGGCCUAUACCGUGUGCGGGUCCCACGGCGGCCUGGAGCCCCUGAUGGCCCAGAAGCCAGCGGCUACGUUUCCUCCUUUGUCCCCGCGUGCUCCCUGGUGGAGUCGCACCUCUCGGACCAGCUGACGCUGCACGUGGACGUGGCUGGCAACGUGGUGGGCGUGUCGGUGGUGACGCACCCCGGGGGCUGCCGGGGCCACGAGGUGGAGGACGUGGACCUGGAGCUGUUCAACACCUCCGUGCAGCUGCAGCCGCCCGUCACGGCCCCGGGUCCUGAGACGGCGGCCUUCAUCGAGCGCCUGGAGAUGGAGCAGGCUCAGAAGGCCAAGAACCCGCAGGAGCAGAAGUCCUUUUUCGCCAAAUAUUGGAUGUACAUCAUUCCCGUCGUCCUCUUCCUCAUGAUGUCAGGAGCGCCGGAUGCCGGGGGCCAGGGUGGGGGCGGGGGCGGGGGGGGCGGUGGGGGCAGCGGCCGGUGAGGGGCCCAGGGUGUCAGUGCUCCGUCCUCUUCACCCAGGGGACUCCCUCCCCAGAGUGCCCGUGUCCUUGGUCAUCCCAAGAAGGCUUCACCAGCCCCUCCCACCUCCCCGUCCCCAGGAGUCCCUUCCUUCUGGGCCCCGGCAGUCCUGUCGGCGGGGGCCCUGCUGUAGCCCCAGAGGCUUCCCUUUGCCCCCAGGAUGGAGCCCAAGCUCAUGGGCCAGCUCUGAUCUUGUGUCCGGCCUCCUGCCCCUCCCUAGCCCUGCGUUUGGGAACAUGCCGAGCUCUCUCCAGCCUCCAUGCCUUUGUGUGCCCUCUUGCCCUGCCUGCAGCCCCCGGGCUAGAUGGUCCCCCUCACUCGUCUGACACCGCACUGGGCCUC